AGUCAUUCGAUGCAUUCAUGCUUGGUUGCGAAGAGAGGAGAGUCAAGGUGAAGCUUUUCAAUGCGAUGAAUGCUGGAUCUCUUCCUCCUCCGUUCCGUUGUUGCCGACUUGUUGGCCAGUUAUUCACAGGAAGAAGCUGCAGCAGGCAGUAGCGCAGGACCCAGUCUCUCGUUUCCACGCUCACCAGCCGCAACGCUUCGCUGCUGGCCGACAUGUCUUGUAGCACGCCGCAGAGCGAUAGUCAGCUAUCCAGUUCGGGCAGCGUCGAGCCCUCGUCAUCGUCUGCAGCAUUCGACCAGGAGGGUGUUGUUGCAGCGAAUAACAGUGCCAGAAGAACAGCAGGAGGCAGACAGCAGGGCUGGUACAGCGAGCUGGACGAAAAGCUCGUCAGGAGGAGCGACUCUGCAUAUCGUGCACAUGCACCCCACAUGGCCGCUGGUCCAUCAGAAGAAGGAGGGGAUGUGACAACCGCAACCGCCCCUCUGCCGAUGGCUGCGUCUCGCGCGCUCUCCGCCUCGCUCUCCAUUGAGCUGCUUCACGCGAAUGUCGAAGUGGACGGGGGAGCCAAACAUCGAGGCCCAGAUGCGAAUACGGAGAUUGGCUCAGAUGGUGGCUUUCCUGCGAUCUCCACGUCGGCCGCAUCUGCCUCGUCCCUUGCAGCCAAAGAGCUGUCGCAGCUCAGCCUCAGGGAGCGCAACAAGGACCUCACACGCGGCGCCGAUGGAUCCUACGUUCCUGCGCCGCAUCUGGUCGGCGUGGGCAUGCAGCCAUCACCAUCGAUCGAGUACGAUGGCGCCAACGGUCAGGCUGGAGGCGUGGGCGGCGUCGUGCCGACUGGGCCGAGGAAGGUGCCUGGGGAUGACAGCGACGAAGCGGAGGGCCAAAUGGCAGAGCAGAUCGAGGAGGGUUACGAGGCCGAGGAGGGAUCUUCUCACGCUCCAGGCCAGGACCGCGCUCAACAGAACACCCACUCACAGUAUGCACCCGCACUGAGCGAGCGCCAACUCAGCAUGCACGAGCGAUUUGCAGCCUCGCCUGCAGAAGCAGCAGCCGCUUUGGCAGGUAUGGGCGCUGUCGCUGGGGACUCAUCCGAUACGGACAUCGUUGGAGCUACAGCUACCGCUUCUCCCUCUCAAGCGCAGCAAUACAAGCAGCAACAACAAGUAGCGAUGCACACCGAGCUCACGUCGGAGCUUCGUGCGCUGUACAAGAGCUUACAGAAGUGCUUGGAGCUGCGCGACAAGUACAUGAUGGCCAGCUUGCAGGCUAACCUCGAUGACAAUCCCAAGAACUGGGAUGCAGAGUUUGUCGAGCGGGCACAGAGAGCUCAGGGCAAGGCUGGCAAGGAAAUGGGAAAGAACGCAGGAGGUGUGGACCCGCGGGAAGAUGCAAAAGCUGCCCCCAAGGGAAAGAAGGAGAUUCGCGUGGAUGGUACCGCGCUGGCCUAUUCGCCUGACGAUGACAGGGUCGGUGCGGAUCCGACAGCGGCAACGUCCAGUGACACUGUGGAUAGCCAGCCGAUCUACAAGCCUUGGCGCAUCUAUCCGGCUCCGCCACGUCCGCACUGGGAGCUGUUCAACCCCCCACCGGCGUCUUCUUUCGUCGUCCGUCCUGAUCGACCCUCAUUAGCGUCGCGGCCAUCAGACGCGAGCGCAAACAGGAACACGUCCGUCAACCCGCUUCCUCCGCCCAUUCCGCCCGCCAGCCCGGCGAACGCCAAGGCUGCGCAGGAGCUGCUGGAAGGAACUGGCGGCAGGCCAGGUGUGUUCCGCAUGGAAGAUAUCGUCAUUCCUGGAAUGCACCGGCGUAAGGGCAAAGCUGUCGGGUUCGCAAUGGAGGACGGUGUCUUCCAGGUCUACGAAGAGGAGGAAGAGGAGGUACGGAUACAGCAUCAGAAGCAGCAGCAGCAGGAUGAUGGUGGUGAUGUAACCACUUCCUUAGCACCUGUGCGAUCAAAUGUAAACGGCAGCAGCGACAGCAGCAGGAGACCGCUCUUCAGCGUUCCCACGCUACAGCAAUACUUCAAAGAUCUCGACCUGCUCCUGUCCGUCAUCUCCGACGGCCCCGCCAAGUCGUUCGCGUGGCGGCGGCUAAAGUAUCUCGAAGGAAAGUGGAACCUGUACUCGCUGCUGAACGAAUACCGCGAGCUGGACGGCAUGAAGCGCGUGCCGCACCGCGAUUUCUACAAUGUACGCAAGGUCGACACGCACGUCCACCACAGUGCCAGCAUGAACCAGAAGCAUCUGCUCCGAUUCAUCAAAGCCAAGAUCAAGAGGUAUCCGGAUGAUGUCGUCAUCUUCCGCGAUGGCCGACAGCUGACACUGCAGCAGGUGUUUGAGAGUCUCAAGCUCACCGCGUACGAUCUGAGCAUCGACACUCUCGAUAUGCAUGCCCAUCAGGAUGCUUUCCAUCGCUUUGACAAGUUCAACCUCAAGUACAACCCGAUCGGCGAGUCGCGGCUGCGCGAGAUCUUCCUCAAGACAGACAAUUUGAUCAAGGGGCGCUACCUCGCCGAAAUCACACGCGAGCUGAUGGCCGAUCUAGAGCAGAGCAAGUACCAGAUGGCCGAGUACCGCAUCAGCAUCUAUGGCCGCAGCAAGGAGGAGUGGGACAAGCUGGCUGCGUGGAUCGUCGACAACCGCCUGUUCAGCCCGAACGUACGCUGGCUCAUCCAGGUGCCGCGGCUGUACGACGUCUACAAAGCCAAUGGGACGGUGGACAACUUUGAGCAGAUCAUCCAGAACGUCUUUGAGCCGCUGUUCGAAGUCACGCAGAACCCAGAGAAGCACGCCAAGAUGCACAUAUUCCUGCAGCGCGUCAUCGGCUUCGACGUCGUGGACGAUGAAAGCAAAGCAGAACGGCGCAUCCACCGCAAAUUCCCCGUGCCCAAGCUGUGGGACUUUAAGCAGAGCCCGCCGUACAACUACUGGAUGUACUACAUGUACGCCAACAUGGCGAGCCUGAACCAGUGGCGGCGCAUGCGCGGAUUAAACACGUUUGUGCUGCGGCCGCACGCGGGCGAGGCAGGCGACACUGACCACCUGUCUGCAGCGUUCCUGACAUCCCAGUCGAUCUCGCACGGGAUCCUGCUGCGCAAGGUACCGGCGUUGCAGUACCUGUACUACCUCAAACAGAUCGGUCUGGCCAUGUCGCCGCUCAGCAACAACGCGCUAUUCCUCGCGUACGAGCGCAAUCCGUUCCCGACAUUCUUUCGCAUGGGCAUGAACGUCAGUAUCUCCACGGACGACCCGCUGCAGUUCCACCUGAGCAAGGAGCCACUACUGGAGGAGUACUCGGUCGCGACGCAGAUCUACAAGCUGCGGCCUUCUGACAUGUGCGAGCUGGCGCGCAAUAGUGUUCUGCAGUCCGGCUGGGAGAUGGAGAUCAAGCGGCACUGGCUCGGGCCGAACUUCUUCCUGCCGGGCCCUCAGGGGAAUGUGGUGGCCAAGACGAACGUGCCGGACAUCCGCCUGCGAUUCCGCGAGGAGACGCUGCGCGAGGAGCUCGACUUGGUAUGGCGGCACGGCUCUCUGUCGCCGCCGUCCGUCGCCGCAGAUGCUGAGCUAUCCAGCGCUGCGGGUGCGGCUCCGGAUGCUACGACCAUCAGCGCCGGUGGGCUUGCACCGCAAGAGAUGGACGUUGCUAGCUUCCCGGGCGUCUUUCAGCUUGCCGAGGGAAAGAAGCGCCGUGCCAGCGCCGGCCAGUCGGCUGCUGCUGCUGGUGUCUCUAACAAGGGCGGGAGCGGACUGAUGGCCAACGGCGGCGUUGCACGGCUGACCGAAGGCAGUGCCGGUUCGGCCUCAUCAGGGACGAGGCGAAGGGCAGGCGCCGAGUCUUCGACAACAUAAAACAAGCGGUGCUGCGCUACUAAGUGUUGGUGUCUGGUAGUUAAACUGUUUCAAACGACUGUUGCCCUGCAAUGAAUGGAUCACUUUUCCCUCG